AUGGAUAUCAUUGGCAUAGUAACGCGUUUACCAUCGCUUGUCUUUGGAGCAUCACGUUGCGAUGAUAGUUUUGCUGAUCGUCUUUCGUAUAAAUAUACGGUUUUAAUGUUGGUUCUAUUCGCAAUCAUUGUAACAAAUAAGCAAUUUGGAACAAAACAUAUACAAUGUUGGGUACCGGCACAGUUUACGAAAAAUUAUGAGGAAUAUGUUAAUGAUAUAUGUUGGGUAUCGAAUACGUAUUAUAUUCCUCUUGAACAAAAAGUACCAAAAAUUGAACGAGAACGACGUCAAAAUGAACUGCGUUACUACCAAUGGAUACCAUUUAUAUUACUUCUUCAAGCCUUUUGCUUCUAUUUUCCACAUAUUGUUUGGCGAUCAUUGUCACGACGUAGUGGUAUCGAUGUACGCGAUAUAGUUGAUGCAGCCAUUAAUUAUAAAUCAGUUGAUACAGCAACAAAAGACGAUAAGCAUAAAGCAGAAUUAAUGGAAUAUAUUGUUGAAGCUAUCGAUAAAUAUGUAGAUGAUCCUAGGCGACAAGCUGACGAACGUGGCGAUCGCAUCAGUAUUAAACGUAUUUUUAUGACAGUAUGCAUAUUUAUGGGAAAAUAUUUGGGCAACUAUUUAAUCAUUGUUUAUUUUACAACGAAAGCACUUUUCAUCACCAAUGCUGUUUGUCAAAUAUUUUUAUUGAAUUUAUUUUUGGGACAAGAAUUUCAUUUAUUUGGAAUACAAGUGCUUAAACGUAUUCUUGAAGGCCGAGGUUGGGACACACAAUCACGAUAUUUUCCUAAAGUGACAUUAUGCGAUUUUCAAAUUCGCGAAGCACUCCAUCCACGCGAUUCCCAUCGUUAUACAGUACAAUGUGUUCUUCCUCUUAAUUUAUUCUCGCAACAGAUUUUUACUUUUAUUUGGUUUUGGUAUAUGAUGGUUUUUAUAGUCUCUAUAUUUGAUGUUGUUGUUUGGGUAACACGAUUUUUUCCUGAUAAACAAUACAAUUAUAUCAAGCGUCGUUUACAAUUAAUGAAGCGCGAUACUGAUUUCAAUUCUCAACCACCGGAAUAUGUCAAAGAUUGGUAUCGAGAAUUUAUUUUUGGUUAUCUUGAACCCGAUGGAAUAUUUAUGCUUCGUUUACUCUCAUCAAAUACAAGCGAUUUUGUUUGUACUGAAGUUAUUAAUCAUUUAUGGCAAACAUUCUAUACAAAAGAUCCUAAACAAUUAAAACAUAAACGAAAGCGUGAACUCGGCGGUGAACCAGUUACAUCUGAAAUAAAACGCCAAAUGUCAGAUCCUAUUGAUCUAUCGGAAAAUUACGAUUCAAUUCGACGUCGAAGUACACAUUUUCCACCUCCUCCGCCACCGCCUGUGUCAUCAUCAUCAGAUAAAGGAAGCAAUGGUUACGGACCAUUAAUAGCAAUAAAUAGUCAUCAUCGAUUUUCAAUGACAACCGGCAAACAAUCUUCUCUUUCUACUCUAGUCGAAGGCGAUGUAUAA